AUGCAGGGCUCGGGCUUCCCGCCGCUCGGCCACCUGCCGCACUGGCAGCGGGCGGGGCAGGCGGAGCGGCCCGGCCGGCCCCUCGCGCCCGGCGGGCCCGGCCCGUCCGAGGCCGCCCCGCCGCCCACGCCCCCCUCGAGGCGGGCGGGCCCCGAGCUGGAGCGCAGCCUGCAGUUCCUGCAGCAGCAACACGGCGAGACGCUCCGGCAGCUGCACCAGGAGAUCGACCGGCUGAAGCGGCGCAACCAGGAUCUGCAGUACCGGCUCAUCAUGCAGCCGCUGCUCCAGCAGGCAGAGGCGGAGCCGAGGGCCGGCGAGGACGAGACCCCGGCCGAAGAGGAGGCGGCCCCGGAGGGGAGCCCCGAUUGGGCGGAGGACGCCGAAGGCCUCAGCCCGGAGCCCCAGGAGGCGGCGGCGGCGGCAGCGGCGGCGGCGGCAGCAGCCCCCCCGGCCAGAGACUCGUCCGUCUGCAACCGGAGGACGUCUCCGAUGCCUCUGCUUCCUCCCACAACAAGCCAGAGCAGGGCUGGAGACGUGAAAAUCCCGUCUGCAUCUUCCAACCCCUUCUUGGUGAAUGUGCUGCCUUCCUACAUGCGGAAGCCCCCCAGCCUGGAGGAAUGUGAGGUGGUGAUUCGCCAGCUGUGGAACAUUAACCACAUGCAGAUGCAAGAGCUGAUGUACCUGAGAUCAUGCCUGGACGAUAUACACAAGACCAAAAGAAUUCCGGAAGAUUACAUGUUGGCUGGUCAACUUGGGAGCCAGGACAGCACGAAGUUGCCCAGAGUGAGGAACGCCCCAAAGAAAUGCCGGAUCCUGACCCCGCUGCCCGCUGCCGAAAGAGCCGUGCUGCCCGCCCUGAAGCAGACGCUGGGGAAUGCCUUUGCCGAGAGGCAGAAACGAGCACAGGCCGUUCAGAGGAACCGGCUGCACAGGACCGCCCUGUAGCCAGGAGACCACCACCCCACCAGCCACCUCGGCAGCCGGCUGCCCUUGGGGCCCCCCCCCCCGGGCCCCCGGGGCCGCUUGGGGGGCCCUCCCCCCCCCCCCGAUUCUUGUUAGACUUUGUAUGUAUGCCGACUUUCGUGCUCGCCGCACGACAGAGAGCCAGAGUUCUAGUGCUUAGUUGCGAAGACCGUCUUGCCGUCCAAAGCAGCGCUCUCCUCCGUCUGCCAUAG